CAGCUGGGGGUAAGGGGGGCGGAUUAUUCAUAUAAUUGUUAUACCAGACGGUCGCAAGCUUAUUCCAAUUGCAGAGAACCCGCUUCCCAGGCUUCCGAGAGUCCCGGAAGUGCCUAAACCUUCUGGGGCUUGGGUGGCCGGUCGCUGCCUGGUGUCUUCCCAUUACCCAGGGCGGGCAGCCAAGUGGUGCCUCCCGCGUCCCCCACACUUUCCCUUAGCCCUUCCCCUCCGGCCUGUCCUGGGCAGGUGACCUGGAGCAUCUGGCAGGCUGCCCUGGCCUCCUGCGUCAGGACAACGCCCACGAGGGGCGUUACUGUGCGGAGAUGCACCGCGCAAGAGACACCCUUUGUAACUCUCGUCUCCUCCCUAAUGCGAGGUUAAAACCUUCAACCCCACGUGCUGUUUGCAAACCUCUCUGUACCUGAGGCCCUAAAAAGCCAGAGACCUCACUCCCGGGGAGCCAGCAUGUCCACUGCGGUCCUGGAAAACCCAGGCUUGGUCAGGAAACUCUCUGACUUUGGACAGGAAACAAGCUAUAUUGAAGACAACGCCAAUCAAAAUGGUGCCAUAUCACUGAUCUUCUCACUCAAAGAAGAAGUUGGUGCACUGGCCAAAGUAUUGCGCUUAUUUGAGGAGAAUGAUAUAAACCUGACCCACAUUGAAUCUAGACCUUCUCGUUUAAAGAAAGAUGAGUAUGAAUUUUUCACCCAUUUGGAUAAACGUAGCCUGCCUGCUCUGACAAACAUCAUCAAGAUCUUGAGGCACGACAUUGGGGCCACUGUCCAUGAGCUUUCACGAGAUAAGAAGAAAGACACAGUGCCCUGGUUCCCAAGAACCAUUCAAGAACUGGACAGAUUUGCCAAUCAGAUUCUCAGCUAUGGAGCGGAACUGGAUGCUGACCACCCUGGUUUUAAAGAUCCUGUGUACCGUGCAAGACGGAAGCAGUUUGCUGACACUGCCUACAAUUACCGCCAUGGGCAGCCCAUCCCUCGAGUGGAAUACACAGAGGAAGAAAAGAAAACCUGGGGUACAGUGUUCAAGACUCUGAAGUCCUUGUAUAAAACCCAUGCUUGCUAUGAGUACAAUCACAUUUUUCCACUUCUUGAAAAGUACUGUGGCUUCCGUGAAGAUAAUAUUCCCCAGCUGGAAGACGUUUCUCAAUUUCUGCAGACUUGCACUGGUUUCCGCCUCCGACCUGUGGCUGGCCUGCUUUCCUCUCGGGAUUUCUUGGGUGGCCUGGCCUUCCGAGUUUUCCACUGCACACAGUACAUCAGACAUGGAUCCAAGCCCAUGUACACCCCCGAACCUGACAUCUGCCAUGAGCUGUUGGGACAUGUGCCCUUGUUUUCAGAUCGCAGCUUUGCCCAGUUUUCCCAGGAAAUUGGCCUUGCCUCUCUGGGUGCACCUGAUGAGUACAUUGAAAAGCUCGCUACAAUUUACUGGUUUACUGUGGAAUUUGGGCUCUGCAAACAAGGAGACUCCAUAAAGGCAUAUGGUGCUGGGCUCCUGUCAUCCUUUGGUGAAUUACAGUACUGCUUAUCAGACAAGCCAAAGCUCCUUCCCCUGGAGCUGGAGAAGACAGCCAUCCAAAAGUACACUGUUACGGAGUUCCAGCCCCUGUAUUAUGUGGCGGAGAGUUUUAAUGAUGCCAAGGAGAAAGUAAGGAACUUUGCUGCCACAAUCCCUCGGCCCUUCUCAGUUCGCUAUGACCCAUACACCCAAAGGAUUGAGGUCUUGGACAAUACCCAGCAGCUUAAGAUUUUGGCUGAUUCCAUUAACAGUGAAAUUGGAAUCCUUUGCAGUGCCCUCCAGAAAAUAAAGUAAAGCCAUGGACAGAACUUGGUCUGUCAACUGUGAAUCUAUUGAUGGAGAUCCAACUAUUUCUUUUAUCAGAAAAAGUCUGAAAAGCAAACCUUAAUUUGAAAUAAGAGGCUUAAAUCCUUUAUAGAACAAGAUGGAGAAACAACAAAUAAGUCAAAAUAAUCUGAAAUGACAGGAUAUGAGUACAUACUCAAACGCAUAAUGGUAAAUCUUUUGGGGUCAUCUUUGCUUUAGACAUGAUAAUCCCAUACUCUCAAUUGAGUUAAAUCAGUAAUCUGUCGCAUUUCAUCAAGGUUAAUUAAAAUUUGGGACCUGCUUCAUUCAAGCUUCAUAUAUGCUUUGUAGAGAAUUCAUAAAGGAGCAUAUAAGGCUAAAUGUAAAACACAAGACUGUCAUCAUAAUUGAAUUAGUGGGCUUCCUAUAAAUUGUAACCUAUGAAGUUUAUUUUCUGUUAGAGUUAACUAUGAUUCCAAUUACUGCUUUGUUAUUGUACCUAAGUAAAUUUUCCUUAAUUCAGAAGCCCAUUAAAAUAUUUAUAAGCAUUGAACUUCUUUAGUAUUAUAUUAAUAUAAAACAUUUUUGUAUGUUUUGUUGUAAUUACAAAUACUGCUGUAUAAGGUAAUAAAACUGUGCACCUAAUCCCCAUAACUUCCAGUUUCAUUUUCCAAUUAAUUAUCAAGUCUGUUUUGGGAGACAUUUUGAAGACAUUUAUUAUGCAGCAGAUGUUGACUAAAGGCUUGCUUGGUAGAUAUUCAGGAAAUGUUCAUUGAAUAAAUAAGUAAAUACAUUAUUGAAAAGCAAAUCUCUAUACAUGUGAAAAUUUUAUUUGUAUUAGAAAUAAAACAUUAGUAGUUUAA